GAAUUCAAGUUAUUUUGAACCCAUUGCGUCUUGUGAGGAAGCGCGAGUGCACGAAUCAGGGAAAAUGUAUAAUAUGAUCUUUCUUUUAUUCACUUUACUGUUGUUUUCCUCUCAAGCAACAAGUAAGCCAAUACAGGUGACGGAAGAGAACUGGUCAGAUGUUCUCAAAGGUGAAUGGAUGUUGGAAUUUAUGGCGCCAUGGUGUCCAGCAUGUAGAGGAUUUGUAGAGACUUGGGACAAAUUUUCUGAUUGGAGUCAAGACUUAGAAAUUAACGUGGGUGUGGUUGAUGUGACAGAAAAUCCUGGUCUCAGCGGGAGAUUCCUGAUCUCCGCCCUUCCAUCAUUAUAUCAUAUUAAGGAUGGAGAGUUCCGUCAGUAUAAGGGAGGAAGGAAGGAGUCAGAGCUGAUCAGCUUUGUGGAUGACAAGAAAUGGCAGGAGAUGGACCCCAUUCCCUGGUACUUCUCCCCGGCUUCCAUUCAAAUGGCUGCUUUAGGAGAGUUCUUCAAAGCUGCCAUGAUAGUCAGGGACCUCUACAAUACUAUGACAAAGGAUUAUGGGAUACCAGAAUGGGCAUGUUAUGUCAUAUUUGCCAUAGCAACCAUUCUCUUGGGAUUGAUUCUUGGAUUGUUGAUAGUGCUCUGUUGUGAUAUGAUGCUGCCAUCCAAAUACGUACCACACCCGAAAGAGAGACCCCAACCCGGACCUCAGGGUGACGGCUCGCAAAAGGAGGAUGAAGAUGCGGAUGGUGAGGAAUCAGAGACUGACAUUAUUGAUGACACAAAAUCAGCUGAUGGAGACUCAAAACCAAGGAGGAGGCGGGUGAAAAAAGCAGACUAGUGUGAAAGGGGCGAGUCCACGAUGAAAAAAAGCGGAUUAGUGUGAAAGGGGCGAGUCGAUGAUGAACUAAAUACAGUAAAACACUCUUACAGUGAAGGGUUGGGGGAUGAACAAUUACAGUAAAACUCGCUUUUAGUGAAGGUUUGGGGAUUAAUUACAGUAAAACAUGCUUAUAGUGAAGGGCUGGGGACAAACAAUGACAGUAAAACAUGCUUUUAGUGAAAGUUUGGGGAUUAAUAAUUACAGUAAAACAUGCUUACAGUGAAGGGCUGGGGAUGAACAAUUUUGAUUAAUUAUGAAUGUAAAUCAUUAUGUCCAAUGAGUUCAUGUUUGAAAAUAACAUGGAAUGAAAACAACUUCAUUUUAAGCAGGAAUUCAUUAUAAACAUGUUUGCUAUAUCCAUGUUUUACUGUAAGUGUGAAUUCAUUAUAAACAUGUUUGCUGUAUCCGUGUUUUACUGUAAGUGUGAAUUCAUUAUAAACGUGUUUGCUGUAUCCAUGUUUUACUGUGUGUUUGAAAUAGUGUAAAUGUCACGUAUUUAGCAUGUAAUGAAUGACUACAUUUCUGAUGAAUUUUAUUCUGUUAUGGUAAAUUUGUGUUAACUUCUGUUCAGAGGGAUACUUUUUAUGCUUGGUCCCAAACUGUGUUGUUUUAUAUCAAGCUGACAUGAACUCUGUUUAUAGUAUGUUAUAUAGUUCAAAGAAAACAUGUUAGAAUGUGCCAACGAUUUUCAGAAGAUUUGCAUUUCAAGUUGAUAUGGUUAAAGUGAUGAUGUUGAUUUAAUGAUUAGUUAGAAUCAAUAUUUAGUAAUAUUCUACCGAGAAAGGAUUUGGAAAAGAAUAGAAAUCUGAACAAUAUUUAUGUUGCGUUGUAGUUUAGAAUUUUUAUGAUGUCUGGUAUUAUCUCGUCAUAUUGACUGGCAGGGUUUAGUAUUGAGUUGUAGUGACGGUAUGGAAUACGAUAUUUUAAACAGGAGAGAAAGAGAAGCUUGUGUGAUGCAUGAACACAUCCCUAUUCUACAACUACCACUCUGAACACCUACAACUUUUGUGUGUAUUUGUUUGUAUGGAGAUCUGGUGUGAUUCCGUGAUGGUUCUAUAGAUUCAAUAGGCCACAAAGAUAUUUCUUUACUAAUGAAAUGUAUUUUGAUACAGAUUUUUAUUAAUUUUCAUUUAUUUUUUGCAUUAUGAUUACAAAUACACGUCCCAGAAAAAGCGUGGUUUUAAUAUUGUGUUUCUGUACGCAGGUUAACUGUAGAAUAGGUCAAAAUGUAUCCCAAAUUAAAGACCACUUUUAAUUCAGAAGUAUUGGAUAGGAAUUUAGCAAUAAGUAUUCUUCUAGUCGUUGAUGAAAAUUGAGAAAUAAGAAUAGAUUUCAUUGCCAUAGAAAGAGAGAAUUGUAUGUCUGUAAUGGUGAGAAAGCUCCAAAUAAGCAUUGUGUGCUGUGUGUGUGUGUACGUGCGCGCUAUUUCUUAUGUUAAUACCAAAUGGAUAUGAAUGUGCAUUUUUUGGUAAAGGUAUAGGUGUUGUAUGUUAGAAUUCCACCCACCUUUAGAUUACAUUUAGCAUUAUUUAGAAGCAGUUGUUUUAGUUUUAAACUUUGAGCACUGAAAGAUGUUCUGCACCUUUUGCCAUAAAUUCAAGGUAUUCAUUAGUGUAUUGAGUAAUUUUUUUUUUUUACCUCAAUGAAUAGGAUAGUGAAAAAUUGGUGUAUUUUUAGCAUUUGCAAGGAGGGUCUGAUUUAUCAUCGUGUAACAAAUUUAAGUUUACAUGUCAUUACGUGCAUUCAUAAUUGUAGUAGACAUCGUAAAAGCAAUGUAUUGCCAUGUUCUCUGUCGUACUUUUUACAGGAAGCACUAGGUAGCAGGACAGAGAUGUCAUGGUCAGUAGUUGAAAAACACCCAACGAGGAGUGUUAUCAUCUUUCUAUCUCGUAUAGAUUACUCAGAAUUUAGUUGGUAAGAGAAUUGAGUUUUAGGCUAUUGAGGACUAAGGUCCAGUUGAGUGACAAGUUUGAUAGCAUUAUGGACACAUUAGGGGCAAGAUCAAAAGAUCAAUUUCGGAUAAAAAUCUAAAUUCAAGUAAGGGGGGGGUGGUAGAAAUUUGCAAAGUAUCUGUCAUCCAACAUCGAUUACACUUUAGUGGAAAAAGACAAGUUGCUGUUAAAAACCACAUAAUAAUAUUCCAUUUUAAUGAAUAUUUAAUAGUUUUAAUGUACAUUUUCAUAUAAAGGUAUACCAAGUGUUAUUUAAACUUGUAUGUUGUUACUUGUUUAAUCGAUUAGUUUCAACAUUUAUCAUUUUUUGUUUUUUUGGGGGGGGGGGGGGGGGGGGGGGGUGAAAACUAUAUGAAUUUAGAUUUUUGUCAGACAUUGAACUUUUGAUCUCGCCCCUUAUAAAGUGCUUUUUUACUUGUGAAUUUCAUACCAACCGAAGAGAUGUAGAUUUGACUUUGGAUUAAUAUUACUGAUUUUUGAGGUUCAAGGUCAAAUGAAGUAGAUGACAGUGUUUUCAAAGAUACCAGCCUGGUGGCAAGUGAUGGAAAACUUUUGACAAUAUCAGGGUUGAAAGGUCAUGGUCAGUGAGGGGUUGACACUAUUUUGAAUGGUGUAUGAGAUGUAGUGUCAUUGUCUUGAGAGCAGUGUUCAUUGCAGCCGUGGCUUGUGACGAUGAUUUAAUGUUGGAAACGUCCUAUAUACAGUAGAUAGGAAAGAAAAAGUAAAUAACGCUCAUUGACAGGAAGUGGAACAGACUUUUCGUUCAGAGAUGAAGUUAUGAUAUAGUACUUAGAUUUUAUUUUUAAAUGAUUUGUUCCUGAUUCUUCUUUAAAUCUUCAAUAUUUUAACUAGUAUACAAUGCUUACUGUUUUUAAUCUGUUGAAUUUUUAUAGCUCAAUAUUCCAAGAACAUAAGCUUGAGUUUGUUUUUAUUGUGUUCUAUGCAAGUUUUGAAUUAAAAAGAAUGAGUUUGUACAUAC